AUGCUUCCUCAACUCAAUGCCGCAGGCUUGGCUCGAACAACACGCAAGACUAUGGAGCGUCUAGCUCCUUUCUCCCAGAUGCGCCUGCUCUCGUCAUCCUCCGAUUCAGAAGCACCUCCUUCAGGUGCAGCUCUGAUUACAUCCAAAAUCACCUCCAAGAUCCUAGCGUAUAUCCAACUUCUUGAUUCAAGCAUGCUCGCAGGACAGAUCGCAUUUCACCUCGCCAGUGAAGGCCUAGUGCUUUCCACGUCCCACCAGGAACAAGAUGAGUGGGAAGUUGAUUCUGAGGGGACAAUUGAGCGUAUGCAAGCCAAAGCCGAGCAAGGGCUGGAGGAGGCGCAGAAAGUAGAAAGGGUCAUGAGAGAUGUGCGGCAGGAGUUUUAUAAGAUUGCCGCUUCUACGAAAGACAAUACCACUAUUGUCCUCCUCCCACCUGACCCGGCGCAUCCCCCAACCCUCCGAAAGGCUUUGAAAGACAUCGGAACCGACCUCGUUGCAAAUCUUAACCUUUUGUCUGAGUUUUCACAGCGGGCGUCGGAAUCAGCAGCCUGGUGGUUGUGGGUGCGAGACGACCUCGUUUCAACAAACUCCGAGCUUCUCUCUUCAGCGGCGCAGUGGGCGACAAUCAAGAAUGAAUGGCAGGAAUACUAUAACAUUAUUAACUCCGUGCACUGUCGCUUUCCAGAUCUCCUGUCCUCUUCACGCCUGGCGUGGCAAUCAGUAGCUGUGAAAACAAGAGAUGCCUCGCCUUUGGCGUCUGCUGCUGCCAGCUCGAGAACCCUAUCUGCGGGGCCUCACGCGCCGAAAGUGACGAGGAGACCUUCUGUAGAGCUGAAGACGCUCUUUCGCAGGCUGAUUCCUGGUCAAAGCCAUGAGAAGGAAACCAGGGUCGAUGAGAGGGGGGAGGUGCAAUCAAGGAGGAAUGGUCACAUGCCGAAAUUCCUCGUCGAUGGGUUUCGACAGUUAGGGUGCCAUGGUUGUAUUAUCAUCUAG